GGCGAUUGCGGGACCUCUCACAAAUUUGUUGCGCAAGGAUCAGCCGUUGAUCUGGACGUCGGAAUGCGAUCAAGCGUUUUCCACACUCAAGGCUGCUCUCAUUUCGGCUCCGGUCCUUAUAAGACCGGAUCCCGAAAACCUUUUGUUCUCACUGACUGGCAGCCAGAGGCGAUUUCGACAAUUCUUGUCCAGGUGGGACCAAGCGGACUCGAGAGUGUAGUGGAGUAUGCGUCCAAAUCAAUGCCCGCCUGCAAGCGCAAUUACGCCGCUCCAACGGGUGAAUGCUAUGCAGCUCUCUGGGGGAUCAAUCACUUUCGUGCUUACCUGUACGGGCGAAAAUUCACCCUGGUGACUGAUCAUGAGCCUCUGUUGGCUCUGAAGAAGUCGAAGGAUUACUUGGGCAUGAUCGGGCGAUGGGCAACCGUGUUGCAGAGCAUGGACUUUGACAUCCGCCAUCGGAAGCACGAGAGACACGGGAAUGCGGACGGACUGACACGACUACACCGGCCUGAGAAAGUUCCGAAGAAUGAGGAGUGGACUUCGUGCUUGGAGGAACCUAGGGACGAGGAUACCCUACCAUCGCGGCAGGAGUAUCUGAAGUCGUACGAGAUCAUCCCUUACGCCUUCUAUCCGAGGGCAGAGGAAGUGGUGAUCAACGACGACGAUGAAGAAGAAGACAACGACGAGGAAACAUCGGAGGAGGGAAGCUAUAGUGAACAUAGCGAGGGCGAGCUGAGUGAGGAGGAACAGGAAGAAGAAGGAACCGGAUCCGAGUGUGAAGCCCCACCGGAGGAAGCGGAAGAUCCGGAAGCGGCGCGAAGGCGCGAAGAGAUUGCCUCCAGAACACGCCAGCUGGAGUUCGCUAGCAAGGCUAGCCUGCGCAUCGAUAGCGGUCCGACCAGGGAUCCAGAGCCGCCGAGGCCCGAAGAUGGCGACCCUGCAGCCGCCACCUCAAGUACCGCGCGACGGAGACGACGCCGAUCCCCGUCCUCCUCCAGCCCCACCCGUCCCCCAGUUCGCCCACGUACCAAUGCGGGUGAUAGGCCUUCGACCUCGGACGCUGCCUCACUGACCCCUUGAUUUUCUCACCCUCGAGCAGAUCCGUACCCCCGUCACCUUCCCUUCCCAUCC